CGGUUGCGGGCGGAGGCGGAGAACCGAGCGCUGGCGGAGGAGGCCCCGGAGAGGCGGGCGGGUGGCGGAGCCCGGCCACGGAGGGUGCAGCGUGAAGGCGGCUCUGCAGACGGCGUUAAGUAGGGUCCGGGCGCCCCCGUCCCUCGCCGAGUGGACCCUGGGUGAAGAGUCAGCGGAUUCUGGCAUAAAAGAUGACAACAGCGGCUAGGCCAACUUUUGAACCUGCAAGAGGUGGGAGAGGAAAAGGAGAAGGUGAUUUGAGCCAACUCUCAAAGCAGUAUUCAAGUAGAGACCUACCCUCUCAUACAAAGAUAAAAUAUAGACAGACCACUCAGGAUGCCCCUGAAGAGGUUCGGAACCGUGACUUCAGGAGAGAGUUGGAAGAGAGAGAAAGAGCUGCUGCAAGAGAGAAAAAUAGAGACCGCCCAGCCCGAGAACAUACAACCUCCUCUUCAGUGUCAAAGAAGCCUCGCUUAGACCAGAUUCCUGCUGCCAACCUCGAUGCAGAUGAUCCUCUGACAGAUGAGGAAGAUGAAGAUGAAGACUUCGAAGAGGAGAGUGACGAUGACGACACUGCAGCCCUUCUCGCAGAGCUGGAAAAAAUUAAAAAAGAACGCGCUGAGGAGCAGGCCAGGAAGGAACAAGAACAAAAAGCUGAAGAAGAAAGGAUUCGAAUGGAAAACAUUCUGAGUGGAAACCCUCUCCUUAACCUCACUGGCCCAUCCCAGCCUCAGGCCAACUUCAAAGUUAAGAGAAGAUGGGAUGAUGAUGUUGUUUUCAAGAACUGUGCAAAAGGUGUAGAUGAUCAGAAGAAAGACAAAAGAUUUGUAAAUGAUACACUGCGAUCUGAAUUUCACAAAAAGUUCAUGGAGAAAUAUAUUAAAUAGUACAGUUUUAUGUGCUUAAUUAAAGGCUGUAAAUUGUAAACGA